AGAAAAGUCAUUUGCCAUAGUGCCAUAAAUAAUAGAGAGUUGCAGAAUUUUUAUUACAAUUCUCCUUGAAGGAGGCGACAGUUCGCGCAAGGAAAAGUUUCGUGUCACACAAAGAAAGUGGAUUUGCCUGGAACAGUGAAAUAAUUUAUGUUCAGUGCCAGUAGCAGCAUCAUUCUCACCACGCGUAGUUUUGUGCUGUUGAUGGCCGCAGCAUGCCAAACACAAACGAAAAUACACAUUCCGGCUCCUCCGGCGACGAUCUCGGCAGCACCGAUGAGGUGAAAGUAUUCAAAGACGAAGGCGACCGUGAAGAUGAGAAAGCUUCGUCCGAGAAUCUGUUGGAGGAGAAGUUCAACCUGAUCGAUCUGACGGAAAGUGCGGAGAACCUGGUGAAGAAUUCCUCCCGCCAGGACCUGAGCCCGCCGUAUGCCGGUGGUGCCAGCGGUGGCAGCAGUGCCGGAAAGCUUAAUUCUCCCGAUCAUUCACCCGGGUUCAAUAUGGGCUACCUGCCGCCUUAUCAAUAUUCCAGCGGAACGGCCAGUGCAAUACAGGGCUCCAUGGGAAAGAUAGGUCUAUCGCAGUUUUUCUGCAAUGAAGACCCGCUUUCGAACCCACCUCCAGCGCAUUGUGGAAUCAUUCCCUACCAAUUAGACUCAAAAGCGAUCGGACUAUCCGCACGACAAUCGCUGUAUUCCUUUUCCACUAGUCAGUACCCUUAUCCUAUACUAUCCUCGAAUAUGUUACCGGUCCCACCAUCCUGGCACACUCCGUCAAUGUAUUCCACCGCCCCUAGUUUCCGCAAUUCUUACCCAUCGUCCUUACAAAUUUACACCACCUUAGCUAGCGACCUUUACUCACGCUAUCAGUCCUCCUCGCUUCUCAAUUCCGUACACUCCCACAAUGUGCUAAAUCAGGUGAAACAGGAAGUGUCACCCUCCCAAGAAAUCACCCACAACUACAGCAUACGGCAAACCAACCACCACGGGUCCCCAUCGAAAUCUAGCAACGACAUGCCCCAGGAACUGACCGCCCGCUACUCCCGGCCUUCGCUCGGCGGCAGCUCAUCCGGCGGAUCAGGAUCAACCAGCUCCUCCACCGGAACCUCGAAAAAGAAGUGCUCCAGCGCUGACCGGCAGCAGCCGCAGAACAUCAAACCACAUAUCAAAAAGCCGCUGAACGCGUUCAUGCUCUACAUGAAGGAGAUGCGCGCCAAGGUGGUGGCCGAAUGCACCCUCAAGGAAUCGGCCGCCAUCAAUCAGAUCCUGGGCCGAAAGUGGCACUCGCUGACCCGGGAGGAACAGAGCGUCUACUACGACAAGGCCCGGCAGGAGCGGCAACUGCACAUGGAAAUGUACCCGGGCUGGACGGCGCGGGACAACUACGGCUACGGGGCGAAGAAGAAGCGGAAAGCGAAAAAGAAGGACCAACUGGGGACGGAAGCGGCGAGCAGGCGAAAGAAAAUUUGUAUACGAAACGAAGAAUCCGACAACUACGACGGGACGCGUAUGUCGGACGAUUACAUGAGCAAUUACGGUACCGUAGUGUAAUAUUGGAUUGGACUGCAGCGCAACCAGCAACACAAACACAGCAACAAAUCCCACGCCUAUAAGACUUGAACGUACCCGCGACGGUACAGGACGAGAAUAUUUUCAUAGCCAUUAUUUCGCCAUCAGAUUUCGCGCUAUAUACCGUUGUAGCAGAAGACCCAAAGUUUACAAAGCCAAAACCGAAACCAAAUGUUCUAGUUAUCGGACAGCCGAUAAUGCAAUGUAUACAAAGUGAACACACAAAUCUCAAAUCGUUAUUUUAAUUUUAGCUAAUUUAUUGAACUGCGUCAAACCAAGAAAUUGAACUAUCGAAUUUCUGUUGUAAGAAAUAAUUCUUCCCCUGUUUGGAGGCAACUUUUCCGUACUUAAUUUUAUCAAUCGUAUUGUUUAGGACCGUACUAUACCGAAAUACCAGCGCUAUUGUUCGUUGAUGCGAAGAAGCACCGUCGUCACUUGACGAUAGUGGCGAUUUUCCGUGAAUGGGAAAAAUCGCGUAAAACAGUGACAAAAUACUUAGUAGAUAAAGCAAAAGAUAACAAUCUGUGGUGUUUUAAAAAAAUGUAAUUUAAUAUGCGAUAAAGGUGAAGUAGUGAUGAGAAUGAAAAGAUUGAGUAUGACAAGUCUUUAGUUGCGUAAGUUUAGAAAAGAAACCAAAUUUAAAAGGUACAUAGAUAUAGGUAUAUUGGGUAUUUAGAGGGUAACUACAUUUAAACUACAGGUGUAAGUAUGUGUUAGCAUUAAUUCUGGUGGAUAACAAUGAUAACAGAAAGUACACAGCAAUAAUCGUGUCAUUCGAAAAGAAAUGAUAAUUAUUGUUAUAAAAUGCGCAAAGCAAGAAUAAUAGGAAGAACGAAGAAACAGGGAAAAAAAGGAAACAGAACACUGGUGGCAUUGUUCGCCGGUCGGAUUUUUUUUUUCAUUUUUUUGAAUGGCAAUUCGUUUCCGCUGAAACAAUUAGGAUCUCUUUUGAGGCGAAAGGAAAUCAUGGAAAACACGACGAUGAUGCUGUUGAUACUCUGUAAGAUGAAAACGAAAAUGCACGAGUCGUAAAAAUACAAUACCGGGAAGGGGAAGUAAUUUAUUUGACUUAUUUUCAGGGAAGUUUAUAAUCUUCCUUCACCAACGAGCUUAUAGGAAAAUUAUGGUACUACUUGAGCGGAAAUGAAUUGUUAUUUUAUCACUCUUGAACGCAUUAGGUUUAGGGCACAUAACGAGGGCGAGAGAUGAAGACAAGGAAAACAAGUCGAGGUCGCAUGUAAUUUUUCGUCUGGGGAAGCGUAUCGGUGCUUUCAUUGUUUUGGGUCCACCCACCUUGCCUUGCUUUACCCUAUAUGCGUCAUUUUGCGUAUUCUUAGCAGCUGCCAUCAUCAUCAUUAGAGUGAGUGAAGUGCUCAUUUCGUUGUUGUACUACUGCUGCCAUUGCUAGCAUUGCUUGAUUGAGACGUUCUGAUGGAAUGGAAAUCCUGUAAAUCCAUCUAUAAUUUUCCGGUGUUUGACAAAGGGGGAGGGCACUUCCAGGUUCGAUCGUAGAGAUGGUAUAUUGAAGAGUUUCCAAAAUUUUCACCACAAGUCUUUAGGAUAUAAUUCUUCCAAAGUUUUCCUGGCAUUCUGCAGAAAAACUCUGCAAAAGCCAAUGAUUUCGCCAAAAAUCUUUAGCGACGUCCACAUGGAAUAUGUGACAAAAUUCGUCGUCUUUUUUAUUUAAGUACCCAUCACACACUUUUCCUUCUUCCGUUACACUUACAAUACAAAGAUGCAGAGGAUUUCUGGAUUCAAUUAGAGGGUACACGAAGUGACCGCUCACGUAUUGUUCAAAAUGAUUCAAAUUGGUUCAAUUUUAUUGAUCAAAAUAUGUAAUGGGGUUAAAUUCCCUCCAUAAUUUUCCGGUGUUUGAAUAAGGGGGGGGCGGUGUUUUGCAGUUUCGAUCGGAGAUAGUAUAUUGAAAGGUUCUCAAAACUUACGCUGCAAGUUAUUUUCGAAAAGUUAGGAAAAAGUUUGGAAAACAUUCUUCCAAAGUUUUUCCUG